AAUGCUGGUAGUAAUAAUUCAGGAACGGAAAAGCCAGAAAUCCCAUUGAGAACUCGCACAAAAUAUUUGUUUCACUUUGCAAAAAAAAUCCUUCGCUCAAGCCUGGAAUUUCGCGGAGAAUUUUGGGCUACUUAAAAUUGAAGAAACCCCAAGGGCGGCUGGAUUGCAAUCCCGGCCAAGGAUCAAGGAUGCUCAGAGUUGUAAUUUAACCCACAUCUCCGAUGCAGAAGUAGUACUUCCGCGCCCAGCCGGGGACAUUGUAUCUUUCUCAUCCCUCACGCAUCGUAGUAGGAAAGGGCUGGGAAGCGGCAGAGCGGUUUCAAGGUGCUUAGCUAGGAGGCGGCCACGAGGUUCGCUUCGGCCAAUGCUUCGCCUCGAUGCAAGCGGCGGCGGGCGGGCCAGCCAGACCGCAGUAGGAAGUGGCCGUUCCCCGCCCUCAGCUGGGCUACGUGCAGUUGCUGUUGCAGCGCUGCAACCUUUGCGGGGCCCGGCCGAUCAGACCAUGCAGGGCCCCCGGGCUCUCCUCCGAGGAGUCGCGGCAGCGGCGCGAGCGGUCGGUGCCCAGGCUUCAUCUUUUGCCACAGGGCCACGACAGGCAGAUGGCACAUUCUAUGAAUUUCGUACUUACACAAUUAAGCCAAACAAGAUGAAAGAUUUUCUGGACCUCACCGCUAAAAACAUUCACCUUCGCACACUUCAUUCUCCAAUGGUUGGAUACUGGACUCUGGAAUUUGGGGGACUGAAUAAAGUUUUCCACAUUUGGAGAUAUGAGAGCUUUGCGCAAAGGGCUGCUGUCCGUACAGCAUUAACCAAAGAUCAAGAAUGGCAGGAAAAAUACAUGUCUCACAUGCUGCCCUUGUUGGACAAACAAGAGAAUGAGAUUACUUACCUGGUCCCCUGGUGUGAACUUGGCAGCUCUGAAAAAGAUGUGUUGCUGCUCCCAGGAGUCUGUGAGUUGGUCACCUUCCAGAUGAAACCUGGUGGACCAGCAGUGUGGGGACAGUCCUUUAAAGCUGCAAUUAAAGCCCACAUAAACAGUGGAUACACUAAACUGAUUGGGGUCUUCCAUACUGAAUAUGGACUCCUCAACCGAGUUCACGUGCUUUGGUGGAAUGAGAGUCCAGAUAGUCGGGCAGCUGGAAGACAUUAUGCCCAUGAGGAUCCUCGGUUAGUAGCAGCUGUUCGAGAAAUCGUUCAAUUCCUGGAAUCCCAGCAAAACAGCCUCCUCCUUCCUACAGCAUUCUCACCAUUAAAAUAAAUAUAGUGCUUAAUGGGACAAAAAUUAUUUUUCAUUGCACUGUUAAGGGCAUCUAAGGGUUUUAAUAGUCCAGCUAUAUUUUUCCCUGUUUAUAAAAUAUGAUACAAACCUAACCUCUCUUUCUGGUAGCAAUCAUAUACCUAUUUCCCUUGCUGGAAAUGGGAAGUUUAAUCUCUGCCCAGUGAAAUGAAAAUUCAAGAUUGACUAAAUUAUGUUAUGAAAACGAACUUCCGUAAAUUCUUUAUAUUAGGCUCCUUCCUUGUAUAAUUAUAAAUCUGUGAAAAUAAGUCUGUAAAAGGCAAAAAAAAACAAAAAACAGUCCAGAGUGAUUUAAGAAAAGCAUUUUUCUGAACUACUGUAUAUAUCGUGAAGGAUCUUUUCUAAAUGGCCUUCACUGUUCCAAAGCAUUAUUGUCAAGUUUUUAAAUGUACAUUUUGCUUGUCCUAAACCAAAGUGCUGCAUUACUCUGAGGUAAAAUAUGUUUGCCUGCAAUUCUAUCAAACACGGUCUGAAUUUUAUCAUUUAUUUAUCAUUUGUUAACUUGUCGCUGUACUAAAACUG